AUGGUGAAAAACGGAAACGGUACUAUAAUCCUCCAUUACUAUACUACUGACAUGGAUUUAAAAAAGAAAAUAGGAAGAAAUCCAAAGCGGCCGCGUCUCAAAAAUUGGAUCGUGAACGUCAUCUACGACGGAAACGAGAUCACUGGCGAACCGGAUCAUGAGAACGGGAACGAUCGUGCUUGUUUCAAGCCGGGACCCGACCAUCCUAUUGACCAGCAAAUGUUGUUCUUGAAACAAUGCAUGAAGAAAGUGGACACACGUCCUCCGAACAUGUACUACUUGACGAAUGGGUGGUCCGUUGACAAUUUCGAAGCUCUCUUCAAGUAUAUGAUUCGAACAAGUGAGGAUUGCUCCCGUGACACUCUGCUGAGCAUUGAAAGAUGUCGUCGUUUCUCUUCGAUGGCUGCUACAGAGGAAGAAGUUCCAUUGCAGCUGUCGUAUCAUGUGAACGCGCUGACUGGGGAAACCCUCGUGGAUUGUGAUGUGGAAAACGAUGAAACAGAUGUCACAAGUGAUUCCACUCAGGACAACGGCAUGCACGAGUUUGUCGAAAUGUUUCCCGUUCUUCUGGAGUUGUUCGAAAAGGCUGGAAUCACAGAUGAUGUCGUGAAGAAUGAAGAUGAUCAUGAAGUCGACACUGAGAUGCCAGUGCUAAAUUCCAGAUUUCCAAGAUGUAAUUGUCGUUCUUCGAGGGUGUGA